UUUUUUUUCUCGUUACUUGGAUUAGGUUAAUGUUAAAGUCCAGUUAGUUGCAAUUUCUGUUCUGUAGAGUUACAAUUCUCUCUCCGGUUAAUUUACUAAUUUUACCUCAAACCAAUCAACUAAUUUUCUUAAUUACAGUUUCAGUUUGUCAACUUCAUCACUUCAUCCGCAUCACUUUCCAUUGAAACUUACAAAAAGACACAAGAAUCUCAACUUUUUACCUUUUUUUUCAUCAAUUUCAUUUUCUAUUUUAAGUUUUUUUUUUAUUCUCUCCGUUUGUUUUUUAACUAAUUAACUUUCUCUACUUUUAGUCAAUCAUCUUAAUUGUAUUUUUCGAUUAUUUCAAUCAUAAUUGUAAUCUUUACCAAUGGAAUCAAUUGAUAACGACUCACCAAUCACUUCAUUUUACCGAAACAAAUCAGUCUUCGUAACGGGAGCUACUGGUUUCCUUGGAAAGGUUCUAGUUGAGAAACUUGUUCGAUCCUGUGAGGUUAAACAUAUCUACAUUUUAUUACGAUCUAAACGAGGUAAAAAUGUCCAACAACGACUUGAAGAGUUCCGAGAAAAUAAUGUUUUCAAAGCUUGUGAUCCAAAUAAAUUGUCGUCGACUUUAAUUGCUUUGGAUGGUGAUCUAAGCCUCGAGGGCUUGGGACUGGACCCUUUGGACCGAAAGAAAAUAACUGAUGAAGUUUCAAUUGUUUUCCAUUCGGCAGCUUCAGUGCGUUUCGAUGAUCCUUUAAAGGAUUGUUUGACCACUAAUGUAAAGGCCACUAAAUGGGUUCUCGAUUUGUGUAAAGAGAUCAAAAAUCUCGAAGUGUUCGUUCAUGUGUCCACUGCUUAUGCUUAUUGUCAGAAAUCAUUGUCCGGUGAGGUGAUUUAUCCAAUGAAAGUCGAUGUCGAUGAGAUAUUAAAGGCCAGUGAAAGUAUGGACAAUGAGGCAUUCGAAGCAAAAUACUCGAAAUAUCUUGAAGAUCGUCCAAACACUUAUACCUUUACCAAAGCUUUGGCUGAACAAUAUAUUAAAAAUCAUGGAACUGGACUGACCAUUGGAAUAGCCCGACCUUCAAUCAUCACAGCCACAUGGAAAGAGCCUUUACCUGGUUGGGGUGAUACGAUUAAUGGUCCAAGUGGUGCUUGUUUACUUGGUUCAUUGGGAAUCGCUCGAACCAUGUAUUUGAAGCCAAAUUGUACUUCGGACUUAAUUCCAGCCGAUACCGUGGUAAAUGGUUUAAUCAAUAUCGGCUGGUACAUGGCUACAAUUAAUUCAAAAGAUAAUAAUAAUCAGGAUGAUGAGAAGAUGAAAGUUUUCAAUAUAACCUCUGGUGAUGUUAAUCCAGUCACAUGGGAACAGUUUUUAAGCUAUGGCCGUGAGGCCGCUGUUGAGGCUCCGUCACUUCAAGUUUUACGACCUCCGGUCAAAGUGAUGCAGGGUAAUCGGGUUUCCAAAUUUGAUCAUCUAAUGACCAAAUAUUUUUCCGAAUUACUAUUUGCUUACCUGUUUGAUUGUAUUCUGUUCAUUGUUGGCCAACAAAGAAGAUUGGUUCGAGUGGUUGGUAAAAUGCAUCAAGCAUUUGGAUUGUUGACUUAUUUUACUCGACGCCAAUGGAGUUUUCCAUGUGAAAAUUUUCAAAAAGUGCACGAAAAUUUAACGGAAACGGAUAAGCUGAAAUUCAAUAUCAAUAUUCGUCCACUUAAUUGGCGCACAUACACAAAUACUUUAUAUCUUGGAAUAAGAAAAUAUCUUCUUAAAGAGGAAGAUUCAACUAUCCCGGAAGCUAAAAAACGAUUGACAUGGAUUUACAUUGGUUAUUAUUUAGCUCAAUCAUUGAUUUUCUCAUUCAUCAUGUACAUAUUUUGUAAACCACUCUUCAGGCUUUUCCUUAAUUAAGAUAAUUAUGAUAACACUUUUUAGAUAGAAAAAAAAAACUUUUUUUAAUUGCUGGUCUACUUUUCUUUUAAUCCAAAUAAUCAAUAUUAAUCACUAAUGGAUUUAUUAUUUUUACUCCAACGGAUGAUGAUAAUGAUGGUGACCAAUUACCUCUGCUUAAGUAAAUCAUGUUGGUCCAGUUAAUUGUGAUGAUUAUCGUUCAUUGAUUAUCAUCAAAACUUUUUAAAUAAUAUUUUUAAUCUCAAUCAUGAUUGUAUAUUCAAAAUUAAAAUUGACUUUACUAUUAAAUCAUCAAAUUAACUUGAUUAAUAUAUAUAUAUAUAAA